AGCGGUGGCUUUACAAAUAAAAGCUGUGAGGCUCCCCCGUCUUCCUGAUUUGUUUUUUCUCCCUCCUUUCUUCUUCCCCAGUUGCGAAGCGAGCGAGAGAGAGAGAGAGUGUAUUACGACGGCGAUGGAUCCCGACGCAGUAGCCAAGGCUUUUGUGGAGCACUAUUAUACGACAUUUGAUGCAAAUCGUGCCGGUCUCGCGAACUUGUAUCAGGAGGGUUCGAUGCUCAGCUUCGAGGGUCAGAAGAUCCAGGGUUCUCAGAAUAUCGUGGCUAAGCUUACCAGUCUCCCUUUUCAGCAGUGUCAACACAGUAUCACCACCGUCGAUUGUCAGCCUUCCGGCCCCGCCGGCGGCAUGCUCGUCUUCGUCAGCGGCAACCUUCAGCUCGCCGGUGAACAGCAUGCCCUGAAGUUCAGCCAGAUGUUUCAUUUGAUGCCAACCCCGCAAGGAAGCUUCUAUGUGCUGAAUGACAUUUUCCGGUUGAAUUAUGCAUGAGUAUAGAAAUGAUCAGCUGGGAACUCGACAAGAGUAGGAACUAUAUUUGAUUGGAACAUCUGGGACAAAAGUGAGUUUGCUUAAUUCUGUUAGCUCUUUAGACAUUUCGAAUGCAAUCAUUGUUCUUUUUUUCCCCCUUUUGUUGGUUUGCUUGUGUUCUCAAUAUUCUGACUUUGGAAGCACCAGACUCCUUUGUUGUUGUGCUUGGAUGAAUUGGUGAAAGUUACUUCAUGGAUACACGUGUUAAAUCUUGAAGAAUGGAAUAGGUUUUGAGAUUA